UGCGCAUAACCAUAGACAAUAUAAUAAUAACCUCUCAAAACAUGCUUUUUUCCUGUACAAUAGUUAAUAUAGCAUUUAAGAAAUAAUUAAUAUUUAUGUUCCUAAAAUCUUUAAAGUUUUAAGUAUGGAUGAGAAUUUUGAUUAUGACUCUGGCGAAGAAAUAGCCGAAGACCAUGUACGACUUGUAGAUGCUGUUUCCCGACUUGAUAAAACUCAACAUAUACAUAAGCCAAGCAGGAGUGAACCGACAUUACAAAGUUCAGAGUUUCAUUUAGUUAAAUCGGAGAAUGCGGGAGGUAGUGCUGCUUCAUAUACAGAUCUUGUAAAGGUACUGGGUAAAACUGCUAAAAAUGCUGAAAUCGGCAGAAAUUUAAGAACAACUCAAAAGAAAACUAAAACUUUACCAAAACCAUUAGAAAAGCCUCAGGCUGAACGGAUUCAGCGUACUGUGGGUUUUGAGAAUGUUAAAAAAGAGUUGGGAAAGUGGGAUGCUGUUGUUACAGCAAAUCGUGUAGCCCCUCAUAGAAGUUUUCCACUCAUUCAAGCCGAUAUAUCAAUGAAGCCAUCAUCUGCAUUUUUAUCAAAAUUUCGUAUAAAAACUGAACUAGAAAAAGAGUUAGAAGCCCUUAAUCCACCAACUGAAGCAGAUGAAGAUAAUAAUCACGAAUUUCCAUUAACUUUAGAAGAAAUAAUAGAGCGUAGAAAAGAAGCAGCAAAAUUAAGGGCCCAACAGUCUUAUAGAGAGGCAAAAGCCAGAAGACAGAAUAAAAUCAAGAGUAAAAAGUUUCAUAGAAUUGAAAGAAGAAACAAGAUGAAGAAGAAAUUGAAAGAUUUAGAAAUAUUGCAAAAAACUGAUCCAGAAGCCGCAUUAAAAGAACUUGAAGAAUUAGAAAAAAUAAGAGCUGGCGAAAGAGCAUCUCUUAGACAUCAUAGUACUGGAAAGUGGGCUCAGAAUUUGCAGAUUCGUGCAAAACAUGAUACUGAGAGUAGAGCUGAACUUGCUCAACAAUUGAGCAUUCAUAGAGAUUUGACACAAAAAAUGAAGGCAUUAGACAGUAGUGAUUCUGAAGGAGGGGAAGAGGAAGUUGAGGAAAUGCCAAAACAUCGAGAUAUGCAAAAUCCUUGGACACAAGAAAAAAAUGAGAUUGAUGAUUUUAUUAGUGGUUAUAGAAAGUUUUGGAGUAAUGAACAGAAAAAGUCUGAGGAAAGCAUAAAUAAAGUAGAUUUACCACAUGGACAAAGUAGUGACCAAAUUACUAUGCCUAAUCGGAACAACGUGCCUAAAGAGAGUGACACAUCACUUUCAAAAUCUACAAAGGCAUUGAAUGCCGAAAAAGCAACACCUAAGAACAUGAAAAGAGGCAGUAUGAAGACUACUCCUUCUAAAAGUAUGAAUGAUACCAUAGAGAUGGACUUAAACAUUUCAAAAAGCAGUAAAAAAAGAAAAUCAGUUUGUACGAGUUCAUGGAUUGUAACGGAUAUAAAUAAAAAGUUGGUAAAUGGUACUGAACAAGAUUCUAUAGAUACAUUAUUUGAUAAUAUGGAAGAUGAUAUACAAUCUGAAAUAGUUAAAAAACUUAAUAACUUGAGAAAUAAAUUUGAUAAACAACAUAUUAAUAAUACAACAAAACAUGAUUCUGAUUCAGAUCAAGAAUAUGUACCAGAUUUGAGUUUUAAAGUUAACAAGAAGAGACCAGUUAUAGAUAUGGAACUAGAUGAAACGACUGGAACCAAUCACUCAGCAGGUACCAUUGAUUUUAAUCAUUUGAAGAAACAAUCUGAUUCUGUGAACACGAACAAAGUGUCUACCAUUGAUGCUGAAAGUAUAGAUCCUAACAAAUUCAUAAACUUAAAACUUAAAAGAUUGUUAAAUCAAGCACCUGAUAUGGAAAUAUCUGAUGAAAUGCUUGAUGAUGAUCAAGAAAAAGAAAAUCGUCAAGCUAUUGUUGCAGAGGCAUUCGAAGAAGAUGAUAUAGUUUCAGAUUUUCAAAAGGAAAAGCAAGAUGCUAUUGAUAAAGAAAAACCUCAAGACAUUGAUCUUACUCUACCAGGUUGGGGUACUUGGGGUGGAAAGGACAUUAAAAACACAAGAAAGCGCAAACGUUUUACUGUGAAAUGCCCUAAAAAGAUUCCUAGAAAGGAUGAAAAUAGAGCCGAUUUAAUCAUUAAUGAAAACAUUAAUACCAAAUUGAAAACACAUAUGGUAUCUGAUUUGCCAUUCCCUUUCACAAGUGUCUCUGAUUUUGAAGCCUCUAUAAGGGCACCUGUUAUAAACACUUUCAUCCCAGUUAAUGCUAGCAAAAAAUUAACUAAACCAGCAGUAACUACAAAAUUAGGUGCAAUUAUUGAUCCUAUGGAUGAAAAUACAUUAGUUCAAAAGAAGAAAAGUAGAAGAUAGAAAUUAAAUAUUGUUAGAUCUAAUCUAAUAUUUCAAAUAUAUUGUUGACAUUAU